GCCGUCAUCGCCUUCGCCGAUAUGAUGAAGAACAAGAUCACCAUGCCGGCUCACCUCAUGUUCGACGGCCGCGACCACCGCCUCUUCCACCAUUUCAGCGCGGUUGCUCAGCGCCUGGGAGUUUACACGGCUAAGGACUACGCAGAUAUUACGGAGUUUUUGGUUGGGAGGUGGAAGGUGGAGAGCCUCGUGGGUCUAUCUGAUGAGGGGCGGAAGGCGCAGGAUUUUGUGUGUAGGUUGGCGCCCAGGUACAGGAAGCUAGAGGAGAGAGCACAAGGACGGGCUAAACAGGGCUUCAGUACUGUGCGUUUCAGUUGGAUUUUCGACAGAGAAGUACAGGUAUGAGCUGUGGAAAUUUCCUGUGCUGUU